AUAGAUUGCAUGGAACUUGGUUAUUGAGUUAUUAUACUCACCUCUCAUUUUUUAAUAUUUUUAAGGCCUAGCUCAUUGGAUUCAAAUUGGAAAAACGUGCUAAGGCUUAGGAUUGUAGAGUAAAUCUUACUUGUACGCCUCAUUGUGUUGUUUAUGUGUAUUAUUGUUGUUAAUUUGCCAACUAUGAAUCAUAUGAUUGUUUUAAGGUACUUGCAUUAUUAUUGUGUACAAUUUGUGUAUUUUGUGCCUUGAGUUAGUGAAUUGUAGUUAUAAAACCUUAUAUAGGGUUAAAAUAUUUGCCCAAGUAAUAUAAAGUAUAUUUUAAGUUGUUAUUAGUGAAUAUGAAUGAUUUGAACAAGAAUUUUCUUCCCCUUGUGUUUUAUGAAAUUAGGAGUUGAGCGUUGAAAAUGUGUUGUACAUGUUAUUGGAGUAUUGUGAUGUGUUGCACAAGCCUUGUUAAGUUUAUUGAGUAUGGUCUAGGGGUGGUUGUGAGCUUAUGGCACUUGGUUGUGAUUUUGAACACCCUAAUUAUGUUUUAAAAGUAUAAAUAUAUAAGUUUGCAUUUUUGCAUCCAACUUUUGAUUGAGAAAUGAUUUGAUGUAAAACUAGUGCUAUUAGUUAAAGUUUAGAGAAAGCUUUUUGUAAACACAUCACCUCAAUCGGACGUCGGAUGAAAAUUUAAGGCAUGUCAAAAAUUUGAUCAAAAAAACUGCCAUGACAACAAUUAUGGGCUUUUGCAUUUUAUACCACAGUAUAAAAUUUUAUGUUGCAAUGUAUUAUGGCAGAAUCACUACUUUUGCUUUUUUGAUCCCAAUUUGAUAUUAUAUUACCUUGUAUGAUAUCCAUGCUUUCGUAUGCAUGUUUUCCUCUGAAUUUUUUUUAUGAAAUGAUUUUUUUAACAUGUUAUGUUUUAAAAAUUUGGAAUCCCAUUUAUAUAAAUUUUACAAAUUUGGUAAUUCAAUCAAGUUAGUCCCAUGAUUACCUUAAUUUUGAAGUUAAUGGUAGAUUAGUAAGGGUGACCCUACAAUACACAUAAUUAUAUAUGCUUUACAAAUGGAAACAAGCUCAUAAACAUGAACAUUUUCCAAAAGACCCAUCCUAACAAUUCUCCUAAUCUAGUCAUCCUAGCCUUCUUCUCCUGCAAUGCUACCUUCUUCUCCAACAAUAUCAUCUUCUUUUACCACUUUGUCCUUGCCUCUUAAUUCUCUCAAAUUUGCAAUGCGUCUAUCUUCUUCAAGUCUUUCAUGCCAAAUGUGUUUGAAACAUUACAAAUUUUCUACUAAAAAUUUACUUUAAAGAGCAUGUUUGAUGUAAUUUGCCAUUUUAAUGUUUGAUUAGAAAAGUACAUUGGAACACAUGCCAAUGUCUUAUCAGGGUGACUUUAAAACAUUUAAACAGAACUUUCACUUUUAAAGGAAAGAUUGGAGCAACAUCAUGAACUUUGAAACAUCAGUAUUUCAACAAGGAAAGCACAUUAUCAUCACAUACAUGAGUUUGAAAAUUAAACUUAAUAGAACAAUGUAUUAAAAAAAAUAUUACAAGUUUCUAUCAUACAAUAAGGACUAAAUUGUUAUUAAAAAAAGCAAAUAUAUUUCAAAGAGCCUUCAUUCUUAGGGGAAAGGAAAAUAGAACCCCUAAGGAAAAAUUUUUCCAAGCAACUUUUCUUGUCAAUCUAUCUCAUCCUUGAAUAAGAAAUAAUUGAAUAGCAUCAUUCAUAGUUAUAAGCUAUAAAGAGAAAACAAGGUAGAUAAAAAAUAAGAAAUAGUUGACAAAAUCAAAGAGUCUUUAUGAACGGUCUUCAAAUUAAUAGAUAAAUCAAAAGCUUAAAAGCCUUUACUAUGUUGAAAUGUCCACAAAACCAUAAGACAAAAAUCCAUAACAAAGCUAGGAUGGAAAUAGCAGAAAAGAAAUAUUGGCAAAAAAAAAAAGUGAAUGAUGAAAUUGAAAUUGAUCAAUAAUUCCACCAGCAUAAAGGCAUCAAUCUUAAGCAUAGUACACUCACAACUUCUAUGGGAGUGAGUCAAGUAACAUGUAUAUAGUUGUAAGUCGGUAUAACAAUCCUCAAGCUUCUUAAUAGAUAAGCAAGUAUAACAAGAGUUUCAAUCAAGAUUUGUAAACAAGUAUAUCAAUUUCCAUGCAAGAAAUAGAUAAUCACAAUAGGCAAAUACAUAACCCAAUAUCAAUUAGAAAGAGAAAGUUAGUUUGAACCCAAAAUCAAACUAGCACCAAGAAUUGGGAAUUGACACUCAAGGUAGUUCAUAGCUAUAUCUACAUCAUCGAGGCUUGAAGCAAUGAACUUCCUCUUCUCAGCCAUGUCGAACGACACGCAAGAGGGUUAGUUUGAAAAUCAUAGCAUAGAACUAUGAUAGUGCAAACACGAAUCUUGUCAUCUAUCAAAGAGAGUGGGAAUCGAUGAUGAUAGAAUAUGGAGAGAGAGGCCAAAGAGCGGUUUUGAAGAGGCCAACACUAGGAAUGGUCCUAUAAGGAGAGGAAGAAGUGUUGUCGAUGGUCUAAAAGUUGAUGGAUAUCAUGAUGGGCAUUGGAAUCUGGCAGAGAGAUGGGAGAGGAUUUGGUGAGGGCAUUUUGGUCAAUUUGAAACUUCAAAUUAAUGCCACCGAAGGACCUCAAUUUUUAAUCUAUCCCAUUCCUUCUCAACAAAAUGAAAUCUGGUUCUCCAUUGCCACUCGUCUACGGCCUUCUGAAUUUUUCUUGACAUUUCUUGUGGAAAAAAAGCUCACGGCCUUCAUGCCCUCAAGUUUUUGCAAGUUUUUGUUGAAGGAACUUCUCGCCAAAAGAUGUUGGCUGUGUUUGAAAAAGCCACAGGAAAACCUCCAGUGGAGCUGGGUCUUCCCUCCACGGGGUCGGAAAAUUCUAAGUCCCCACGAGAAAUCUUAGAGAUUUUUCUGUCGAUGCGGUCGGAUUCUGCUCUUUACAACCUGCCGCAUGGGAAUUUCAUGGUUCUGUCUCAUCAAGAAGAAAAUCCAAUGCACCCCAGGUCCAUUUUUGUUAUGGACGAUAUCUUCUGCAUAUUUGUAGGGACUCUAGCGAACGUUGCUGAUCUUAGGCACUACUAUGGCCUGCCUAGGCAAGCCACGGAAGCCAUGAUCGUGGUUGAAGCUUACAAAGUUCUGAGAGAUCGAGCUCCUUAUCCUCCUGAUCAAGUUGUCAAAGACCUUGAUGGCAAAUUCGCAUUCAUCAUCUUUGAUAACAGAACCAACACUCUUUUUGCAGCCAGAGAUCGAGAAGGAAAUGUGGAAUUUGAAUGGGGAAUGGCAAAGGAUGGAUCUUUGGUCUGCUCAGAUGACCCUAACAUCAUAAGACACGGCUGUGGAAAAUCUUCUUCACCUUUUCCUCCUGGGUGUAUGUUCAUGAAUGGAAGUGGAUUGACAAGUUUCGAUCACCCACUUCACAAGGUUCGAGCCAUGGCUCAUGAAGAUGACAAGGGAAACAUCUCAAGUGUGUAUUUCCAGGUGGAUUUAUUCUCAAGGAUUCCCAGCAUUCCUCGCACUGGAAGUGCAUCCAAUUGGGCUGAUACUGCAACGGUCAAUGGAGGACAAUAAAUUAAUUGUUUAAUUAAUGUUUCCAAAGCAUAAACCAAUACAAACUUGUGCUGUUUGUAACCAAUAAUCACAAAA